AUGAAUAACUACGCUACUUGCACCCCGGGUGCCACCUAUGAUGAGUUUAUGAAGGAGGUUGAAAACUACCUUGGCAUAUACCUACUGGAGGACGACGCCCGCCGAGAGCUGGUCCAUAUCAAGCAGGAUCGCAAGGAGAACGUAACCGAUUACUAUCAGCGCCUCGUUCCCCUUUGGACCCGUGCCGGCACUGCAGAAGUCGACCGUAUCCUCAAGCUUCGUCAUACCGUGCUGACGCCUAUCAGUACACAGCUAGGCACUCAACGAUUCGGCUCAGUUAUGGAACUUCUUGAUGCCGCCCGGCAGGUCGAACGCAACCGUAAAGAGAUGGACUUCUACUUCCCUCGCGGCCCGCGUUCCCAGACCGCCGCUACUGUGUCUGUUAAUCCCGCGCCGAAACUACGCACUGCAGCUACUACUGCUACCAAUCCUGGAGCCGCCUCGACGCGCUCGAACGCUGCGCUAAACCCUCGUGGCCGCAGCUUUACACCUUCAGCUACCAAACCCGCGGAGUGGCAAAGAGAGUGGUUUGAACCUCAGCGCAACCCUCCAAGACUAACCCCUGUGGAUAGGGCCCUACUAGCCCACACCGGCCGUUGUUGGAGCUGCCGUGGCUCAAACUACCGCGCUAGUGACUCCUGCUGCCCGAACUACGCGUCCCACAAUGGCAGAGGCAAAUCCUUGAACGAAGUCGCUGGACCUGUUAUGGAGGAGGAUCGUGAUCACUGUUUCUUGUCGUCAUUGGUACUAGGUUUGGAGGGACAGCUGAAGCUUGGUAGACACCUUGUGGUGUCCGCUAAGGUCCAUCAGCAGUUCCGAACGACGCCUAUUUUGGUAGAUAAUGGAAGCGAAGUUGAAGCUAUCGAUCCCUCUCUGGUACGCACUCUCAAUUUGCCUACCUUAGAUCUUGCUACACCGAUUCCGCUCCAUCUCGCGAACGGCACCCUUUAUUUUACUGUAACCCAGAUAGCCCUAUUCAACUGCGAUAUCGACGGCCACACCGAACAACUGGCCGCAUAUAUUGCCCCCCUGGCCCGCUAUAAGAUAGUGCUAGGGGACCACUGGCUGGCUACGCACAACCCGCAUGUUGAUUUCACGAAUCGCACUCGUACGUUUAACUCACCUUACUGCUUCGCGGAGGGCUGCUUACCUCGAGGCACCCCUUGUACCGUGCACGCCCGCGGAUCGAAGGCUUUAUUGACCAAAACCACUGCUCAGAUAGCCGGAGACCCGAUUACUAGCAUCUCAAUCGUUUCUGCCAGGCGCUUUACCUCUCUAGCCGCCCAACACGACCACCACGGCUAUCUAGUCAUGCCUAGGGAUGGCCGGAAGCACCUCUGUGUGUCUACUACGAACGCGGUACGCCCUGAGGACUACGACACCUUUAUGACUAACAAAGAGGCCUACACGAUUGACCAGUUGAAGAAGCGCGUCCCGGAAAAGUAUCAUUCAGUGAUAGAAGUCGUCAUGAAACACGAGGCCGAUACCUUACCACCGCAUCGCCCUGAAGACCACGACAUUCAAUUAGUUGAUGGCGCUACACCUCCGUUUGCUAAGAGCUAUCGUCCUAUGACCGAGCAGGAGCUAGACGUCGUGUGGAAAUAUAUCCAGGAGCAGCUCGGAAAAGGUUUUAUUCGCUCUAGCUCCUCGCAGACCGCCGCACCCCUGUUGAUUGUACGCAAACCGAAUGGCGGCCUACGGAGCUACAUUAAUAACUCGCUAUCAGAAUAUCUGGAUAUAUUCUGCAUCGCAUACCUGGAUGAUGUGCUGAUCUACAGCGACAGCGAAGAACACACGGAACACGUUUUGAAGGUCCUACGCCGCCUACGAGAUCGUGGGUUGCAGAUAGAUAUCGACAACUAUGAAUUGGAUACCCAGGAAGUCAAAUAUCUCGGCCUAAUUGUAACCACGAAUGGUAUCCGCAUGGACCCAGAGAAAGUUGCCUUCUUCUCGAAGAUGACCCCCGCGGAGACUAACUUCAUGAUCUACGAUAAGGAACUUCUUGCGAUUGUUCGCUCGUUUGAGACAUGGCGUCCCGAACUCGCUAGUGUGGUACCGAGCAACCCAGUAAAGGUCUACACUGACCACCGAAACCUGCAGCAUUUUAUGACUACUAAGCAGCUGAAUCGCCGACAGGUCCGGUGGGCCGAAUUCCUCUCUGAAUUUAACUUUAAGAUUAUGUACCGCCCUAGCAAACAAGGGGAGAAACCCCAUACCUUGACACGCCGCUCCCAGGAUCUCCCGCAGGGCGCUGAUGACGCCCGUAAGAAAGAGCGUUUCCAAACCUUGCUCCCGUCGGAGUGUCUUGAUGAAGCAGUACAGAAAGACCUCCGUAUCGUCAGUACACGCAGACGUCGUUUUCACACGCUGCCCCCUGACUCUACUACUUCCCUACAGAGCACCCAGGCGCCUCCAGCUGCGAGCAACCCCGAUAGUAAUUCAAGCUCUGCGCUAAGCGACCCCUCAGAUAUCCUGUCAACCCCGGAAGGAUUCACUCUGCCCCUGACGGGUACACACAAAAUGACCAAUUGGACCCUCUUGACCAGCCGGACGAUCAACUGGACGACCAAUCGGACGAACCCUCAGACUACUGAGGGGGAUGAUAAAAUGCCGCUCGAGGCACUUAUUGAAGAAGCCUACGAGAACGAUAGAGUGACCCAAGCGAUCAUAAAGCCGAAGGAUAAAGGCAAGCGUAAGUUACCAAAGAUCGCUAUUGAACAAGGCGUCAAGAUCUCUAUGGGAGAGGUGACCAUACGAUACCACUUUAUUCGCAACUACUUCUGGCUACGCAUGAAGCAGGACGUCAUUCAAUACACGAACUUCUGUGCUACAUGUAAACGAGCAAAAGCGCGUACCACGCAGGCGCAGGGUCUACUACGGCCGCUCCCGGUACCAAAUCGCAAAUGGCUUGACAUCUCGAUGGAUAUAGCUGAGGACCUACCUGCGUGCACUCGCCGCGGACGCGAGUUCCGCCACGUAUUGGUAGUAAUUGACUGUUUGACUAAGGCCAAGAUCUUUGAGUCGCUCGCCACUAAGUCGGUUGACGAGCUUGUUGAGGUUAUGCAUCGUUGUGUCCUCUGUGAAGUCAAAUGCAAGUUGUCAACCGUUUAUCAUCCUGAAACGGACGGACAAUCCGAGGCUGCUGUUAAGGGCCUAAAGAACUACAUUUGCGCAUAUGUCAAUUUCGCGCAGGACGACUGGGUUGACUACCUUCCUGUUGCACAGUUUACUACAAAUGACCACGUUUCUGAAACCACUGGAAUGACCCCUUUCUUUGCGAACUAUGGAUUUUACCCCGGUACCGGCGCGGAACCACCUGGCUCGCUCUCCCAUGCUACACACCCGGAAAUGGAAGCUGCGGAUCGCCUUCGGGAGAGUCAAUUACUCGCGCCAAAGGCCCUCGGCCCAUGGUUAAUUGUCCGGAAUUUCGAUAAUAAGGCCUAUGAGUUGCAGCUGCCCGACUAUAUGCUUGCUGUCGGGAUUACGCCUGUCUUUCAUCUCUCCCUGCUUCGCCUCGGCCCUACCCCUGAAGAUGUCUAUCCUGGCCAACAUGAAGACCCGCAGGAGCCAGUUAUGAUCGUAGAUGUUGACACACAGGAGGAGCACCCGGAGUGGACCGUUAGAGAAGUUGUAGAUUGCCGGAUGACCCGUUGA